UAAUAAGUUUAAGCAAAGGAUUUAGGUGGGAGAGGAGAGAGUCAGAGAGAUGCUUUGGCGUUGAGCUAACGUGCGCAGGAGGGUGGGAGUUUUUCCGGCGAUCUAAUUCCAUCCGUUCGAUUAAGUAGCGGUCCCACUACAAAUCCACGUUUCAGACCGUCAGAUGAUUCUCACUGUCUCUCUUCUUGCAUAAUUGUGGUUACAACUUGCGAGUUUUACUUGGUGUCCAUGGAUGGAGCUAACUUGCGCCUGUAAUAAUAAUAAUAAAAUAUCUUCGUGGCAGCUUUUUUAUUUUUAUUUUUAUUUUUAAUUUUCCACUUGUUCUUCAACUGCUUCUUCUUGCUUCCUUCCCUAGCUUUAUCUACAAGUUAGGUUUUGCUUCGUUGUGAUUCUGUUUUUCUUUUUCUUUUUUAUGAUGAAUUGGCUGUACGGACAGCUACUGAUCCAUGCUUUAACCCUAAUAAUGAUAAAGGAGGAUAUUUUGUCAAUGGAAGUUCUCUAGUGUAUUGUUUUGUGUCUGUUUUUGUUGAGGGAGGGGUAACUUUUUAGGGUCAAUUGGGUAAUUUAUAUGAUGGAGGGGAAGGGGAAGAGUAUAAAUGGAGGUGGAGGAGGAGAAGGAUUAAUAGAUAGAAGCAAAGUAAGGAUAUUGCUGUGUGAUAAUGAUUCUAAAAGCUCUGAUGAAGUUUUUACUCUUCUUUUGAAGUGCUCUUAUCAGGUUACAGCAGUGAGAACAGCUAGGCAGGUUGUUGAUGCACUGAAUGCCGAGGGACCUGAUAUUGAUAUUAUACUUGCUGAAGUUGACCUUCAAAUGAACAAAGGCCUGAAGUUGUUGAAGUACAUCACCCGGGAUAAAGAGUUGCGACGCAUUCCUGUGAUCAUGAUGUCGGCACAGGAUGAGGUCUCAAUUGUUGUUAAGUGCUUGAGGUUAGGAGCGGCGGACUAUCUUGUAAAGCCUCUGCGUACUAAUGAACUAUUAAACCUGUGGACACACAUGUGGAGAAGGAGGCGCUUGCUGGGAUUGGCGGAGAAGAACAUUUUGAUUUAUGACUUUGAUCUGGUAGUAUCAGAUCCAAGUGAUGCAAACACAAAUAGCACUACUCUUUUCUCAGAUGACACGGAUGACAAGUCUCGGAAGUGUACAAACCCAGAAAUUGGUGUAUCAGCUCAACAGGAAGACGAGCCUGCUGCUUCUGCUAAUCCUACUGUUGGUGGUUGCGGUGGUGCUGGUGCUGGUGCUACUGGUUGUGCUAAUGUUUAUGGACCUGCACCUAUCAAUCAACUUGAAUAUCGACCCGAUGUGCCUGGAAUAAGUGACCGAAAAACAGGACAAUUAUUAUCUGGACCGAGGAAGAGUGAAUUAAAGAUUGGCGAAUCAUCUGCCUUCUUUACUUAUGUCAAGUCAAGCACAGUCAAAAACACUUCCCAAGAAUUUCCCAUCCGUGAGGAUAACGCUGUUCCAAGUUUGAUCAGGCCAGAAGAGAAACUUGAAUCAUGUGUUCCGCAAGUGGUUAAUGAGGCUCAAAUACAUGAAAAUGGAGACGCGUGGGAGAGCUAUUCACAGGAUGAUUUCCGUAGCAGUUCUAGCAUCCCCGAUUCUCUUUCUCUCGAGAGAUCUUGCACCCCACCCAUGUCAACAGAAUUUGCCCGAAAGAAUUUCCAGGACGAUAAGCAGCUCCCUCAGCCGGUUGUACAUCCAAGAAAUGAGCUUCCACAUGAUACCUCAGGUUUAUCGGCACAAAAUAUUUAUCCAUAUUACAUGUCUGGUGUUAUGAAUCAAGUAAUUAUGCAAUCCUCAGCACAGCUAUACCAAAAUAGUCUGCACGACUUGCAAAGUAAUGCACCUUCAGCUAUUCGGCCUCAGUACAAUCAUCUUCCGCAGUGUUCUCCUCAUGUUGCUGGCAUGUCAUCAUUCCCGUACUACCCUGUUAAUUUAUGUUUACAGCCUGGUCAAAUGCCUAAUACUCAUCCAUGGCCAUCAUUUGGAGGUUCAUCUUCCCCUGAGAAACUAAAUAAAACUGAUAGAAGAGAGGCAGCAUUGAUGAAGUUUAGACAGAAAAGGAAAGAGAGAUGUUUUGAUAAGAAGAUUCGGUAUGUUAACCGGAAAAAACUCGCGGAAAGGAGGCCCCGUGUGCGGGGGCAGUUUGUGAGGAAGGUAAAUGGUGUGAACGUGGAUCUUAAUGGGCAACCUGAUCCUAAUGAUUACGAUGAGGAUGAAGAAGAGGACGAGGAGGAACUCGCAUCUCGGGAUUCUUCAGGAUCUUAAUCUGUAAGAUGGCUGUUGAUGAGGUUCCUUUUAUUUCUCAAAUGAGCUUCAUUGCUAUGAAGCUUCUAUUUCCAAGUCCCUGGCAUUGAUGAUGCCUUUGUCUGGAAGAUGUUAUGUGUGUGCAUCAUACCAAGGGAUUUAUCGUGGUGGAGUAAUGAACGUCGUCUGAACUACUACUUCCAGCAUUCUUCUCAAAGGCGCUGGUUCAGCAUACUCGGGGUUAAGCAGCGGCUUUAUGGAUUCGUCUUGCGGAGAGUUUCUUGACAGAAAUCGUGCCUGAAAAUUGUGCCAGCUGAAAUGUAUCUUGCAGCUAUAAUAAUUUAUCUGGUUCAAUCCCCAAACACGGAAAGAAUAUUGAGACAUUGAAAAUCUUCCUCUAUAUUUUCUCUUUUUACAAUCCAAAUAUUAGAACUUUAAGGUC